AUGUCUCAAGAAAUCAUUUUACCCGCCCCCGCCGAUUUCCACGUCCACGUCCGACAAGGCAAGAUGUGCGAGCUCGUCACUCCCCAAGUCGCUAAAGGCGGUGUCAAAACUGCCUAUGUCAUGCCCAACUUGGUGCCCCCACUUACCUCGACUGAAGCGGUGCUGGCGUACAAGAAGGAGCUUGAGAGGAUCGAACCCUCGGUGGAGUGGUUGAUGACGCUGUAUCUGCAUCCGGAGGUGACGCCGGAGGAGAUUAGGAAGGCUGCUAAUGCUGGUAUCAAGGGUGUAAAGUCGUAUCCUCGAGGUGUGACGACCAACUCCAACUCUGGUAUCGAAGACUAUGGAGUCUAUUACCCUGUCUUCAAGGCUAUGGAAGAGGAGGGUAUGGUUCUGAACCUGCAUGGCGAAGUGCCCAGCGAUGCUGAGAAGAACAUCUCCAUCCUCAACGCCGAAGUUCACUUCCUCGAACACCUCACCACUCUCGCCAAAGCCUUCCCCUCCCUCCGCAUCGUCCUCGAACACGCCACCACCUCCGCCGCCAUCUCCACCGUCGCCUCCCUCCCCGACAACGUCGCCUGCUCCAUCACCGCGCACCACCUCUACCUCUCCAUCGACGAGGUCGCGCCCCAGCCGCACCAUUUCUGCAAGCCUUUGGCUAAAGAGCCGAAAGAUAGGAAAGCGCUGCAGGAAGCUGUGAAGAGUGGGAACAAAAAGUUCUUUUUGGGGAGUGAUAGUGCGCCGCACCCGCUUUCUUCGAAAGCGCCUGGUUUGACGGAAGACGGAGCCGUCUCCGCUUGCGCCGCUGGUGUAUACACAUCCCCCAUUCUGAUUCCCCUUGUCGCUACCCUCCUUGAAUCGUUUGGCGCGCUGGACAAGCUCGAAGGAUUCGUCUCGGGCCACGGUAGGGCGUUCUACAAGGUAUCGGCGAAGGCGGGGCAAGAGAUCAAGUUGAUGAAGACGGGAGAGGAGGAAGGGUUUGUUAGGGGGACGUUCAAGGGUGAUGGGGUGGAGGUUAUGCCGUUCUGGGCGGGCAAGAGGUUGGGAUGGGAGAUUGUAGCCUAG